GAUCCGUUAUCGACCCAUAUUAAUGGGCUCCACUAUCUCCUCCCCCCCCGUCCCCCUAAAUUCACGAGCGAGGCUGUCGUCGCCGGCGUCCUUAGCCUUCGGAGAGAAGAAAACCGGAAGGCAACUCUUGGAUGGAAGGGGGAGCCCGGAGGAAGGCGAUCAGAAGGAGGAGAAGGAAGGGAUACCCAUGAAGCAGCAGCAGCAGCAGCAGUCGACGAGCUCGACCUCCCCCACGUCGGCCCUCGCCGUGUGGAGAUGGACGGCCGUCGACAUCAACUACCGGGCCGUCAUCCUCAUCCUCGUGCCCCUCUCCCUCAUCCUCAUCCUCUCCGUCCUCCACUUCUACGCCCCUCCCUUAUCCCCUCUCAGAUCCCUCUCCUUCUACUCCUUCCCGGUCUCGCGGGCGCCCUCCGCCGUGAAUCCUAAGAAGAGGAGCGCGGAGGCGGAGGGGGCGAAGAGGCGGAGGAUCGACGCGUCUCGGGUUGCGAUCUGCCUGGUGGGCGGGGCGAGACGGUUCGAGCUGACGGGGCCGUCGCUUCUGGAGCGGGUCGUAGGCGCCUUCAACAACUCGGACCUGUUCCUGCACAGCCCGCUCGACAAGGACGCGUACAAGCUGUCCCUCCUCAAGGCCGCCCCUCGGAUCGCUGCAGUAAAGAUCUUCGACCCGAAACCCAUACCCGAGGACCACUUCCAGAAGCACGUCCUCACCUCCAGCAACUCCCCCAAAGGCCUGCAGGGUCUGCUUCAGUACUUCAACCUCGUGGAGGGCUGCCUGACUAUGAUCGAGAAGCACCAGGAGGAGAACGGGUUCAAGUACGACUGGAUCGUUCGUACCCGAGUCGACGGCUUCUGGUCCGCGCCCAUCUCCCCGAAUAACUUCGUCCCGGGGAAGUACGUGGUGCCCAGCGGGUCGCGGUACGGGGGCCUCAACGACCGCUACGGGGUGGGCGACCUGAACACGUCUCGGGCUGCCCUGUCCCGCCUCUCGUUGAUCCCGGAACUCUACAAGGCGGGGUACCAGCAGCUCAACUCCGAGUCGGCGUUCAAAGCGCAGCUGAAGACGCGCAAGGUCCGGUUCGUGGAGCGGCGCGUGCCCUUCUGCGUCCUGAGCGACCGCCAGUACGCUUUCCCGCCGGUGCGCUACGGCGUCCCGGUGGCGGCUGUGAGCAGCGAGGGGCCGCUGAGCGGGGCCAAGUGCAGGCCGUGCAAGGCCGUCUGCAGGGGGGCGUGCGCGGCGGACGUGCUCGGGAACCUGGACAGAGGGUGGAGCUGGACGGACGGGUCGCGCGGCUCGGCGGCUCUGUGCGACGCCAGUGGGCCGUGGGGGAAGGGCUGGGAGCGGGAGUUCGACCGGGCCGCCGGGAAGAGGCUGGCUGCUUGGAGACGUCGGAUCGCCGCGAUGAACGUCUCCCAGUGCGUUGAGAACUUCGAGUCGAUGCGGAAGCGGACGGCUUCUUGGGACGCGCCCUCACCGUCGGAUAUCUGCAGACGAGGGCUCUGAUCGGGCGGUUAGAUCCGUUACCUGCCAUUCUUUUUUUACCCCUUUCCGCAGUAACUAUUAUUUUUCUUUUUACCUGGUCGAUUUUUUUUUUUGUAUAAUUCGUAUUACCCUGAAUCUCGGAAGGGACAAAACUGCAAAAGUAACUUAUAUUGAAGGGCAACUGUGUAUCUUCACCUGCAUUUGGUUUUUCUUUUGGUGUAAUAAAUAGAAAAACUACAUGGAGGCCUGAAAUUUUAGAAACGAAUGAAGAGGGAGGAAAAUCGUUACUUGCUGUUUUGAGGCGAGGGCGCUUGCUCGGUGAUCCUUCCUCUUUCUUAUUUUA